CCCUUUCUCAUGCUGCUUGGCUGCUUACGCUCAAAUCUGGCGUCAUUGUUCCAAGCUGCUUGUGCUGCUUGCUGUUGCAAUUGGCAGUGAUGCGUACGAGAGGCAGUUCCGCCCCUACCGUCGCGUAUUUUUACGGUUUCUUUGUGACGACAAGACAAAUCUGUGUUUAAUGCCGUCAUGCGACGACGACGCGUCAAUUUCGUCGUGUCUCUAGAGUGAUGGGCGACUCUCUUCCGCGUAUUCCAGCAUAAUAUCCGCGGCCACCGUAUCGUGGAUCACUGAUGAACGCGAUCUUCGAUUGUGAAAGCGAAUCGAGGCAGUGAUCCUCACUGCGUCGUUUAAAUGGCUUUGCGUAUUAUGUCAGCGAUAGUACCGAAUACGCAGAACAUAGUAGAUCAUGCAGCUGAAAAGGAAAAGCUACUGGAAAAUCUGUUGGUCGCUGCGAAAGAAUGCCAUAUCAGGUUUGGUGGACGCGCAGAAUUAGCCACAGAAUCAGAAGCAUGUGUAGCGCAGCUCUGCCACAUAUUUGAAUUAAUUUUUAGUCACGGAUUAAAAACCAAUUACAUAGAAAAAAUCAACUCAGCAUUUAGACAUGUAUCAGACUUGGUCUCUGGCGGUAACGCGAGACCCGGUGUUAUAAUAGACGUAGCUUUCUGGCCAUGCAUAAAGGAACAACUCACUUGGCACGAACAAGAACGUUUUGGUACGUUGAGAAAGGUACAUACAGAUUAUGGUCGAGGCAGAGCGUGGCUGAGGGCUGUCUUGAAUGAAAGAUCGCUGGAACGGCACUUACAUGCUGUCAUAAAUCCUGACGCACUGUCUCUCUUUUAUGAGGAAUGGGCCUUUUUGCUUGAUCAGGAAAAGAGUUCUGUAUUACCUAAUGUAGCUGCAGGCCUCGGUACAAUUUUAUUUGCGAUAAGAACAGACAAUGAAGAACUUGAUGACCUAAAAGGAAAAGGAAUAGACAGAAACAGGAGUGAGCAGUCAGAACCGGUUAUUACUACAGUAAUUCCAGAGCCUUCCGCGUCUGAGCAGGACAAACGGAAAAAGAAAGUACCGACUCGUAUAAUUUCCUUUGACGACGAGAAUGAGGAAGAUGAGCGAAGAGAGGCUGCUACUUCUAUAAGCGCACCACCGACAUGCCCUAGUUCUCCAAUGACAAUGUCCACUAAAGAUUCUACUUCUCCAUGCUUAUCGGACACUCAACCUCAAGUUGAUUCGAACGAUAGUACUGUAGUCACAAAACUUCCGAACUGGGAACAACGCAGUGAGUCAUUCGAAGAAGAGAAAGUAUUAACCCCAAUAAUGGAUAUUGGAAAUAUGGGUGGCCUUGUACCUGUGUCGUCGCUCGAGCAAACAUUAGACGAUAUGUUAGUCACUCUGCCAAAUUACUUAGAUGACUCAUCAGAGGUAACAGAACCCGCAGUGGAGGCAACAGAACCAUUAGUUGGUUUAGAUUUCCACGUAGAUCCGGAGAAUUUGGACGUAGACACAUUACGCGUAAGACUCUUAGCAAUGACAGAAGUGCUUGAACAAGCUAGGGAAGAUGCUAUAUCGAGCAGAUUGCAGUUAGCUCGUUUUCAAAGACAACAUCAACAUUAUUUAGAAAGGCACGAAUUACAGUUGCAAACAUUGAACAGAGAGAAUGAACUUUUACGACAACAGUUGCGUAAGUAUGUCACCGCUGUUCAGAUGUUGAGAAGAGAUUCAAAUUCCACGACGAUAUCCGAGGAAGAUCCGACAUUGGAUUAUCACAGCGAGGCGCGACAAUACGAAGAGAAAUUGAUACAGGUCGCGGAUAUGCAUGCUGAAUUGAUGGAAUUUAAUGCCAGAUUGACAAUGCAGUUGACAAACAGAGACAGAUUAGUGAAAAUGCUGCAAACGGAAUUGGAAUGUCUCCGCGGACCGUUAAAUGAGGACGAUCUACCUUCGGAACCGCCGUGUCUUAUUCACAUAUGGAUUCCAUCGGCGUUUCUCACGGGGCAACCAUCUGACAUUCAUCAUGUUUAUCAAAUUUAUGUACGCAUAAGAGACACAGAAUGGAACAUUUACAGACGGUAUGCUCAAUUCUAUGCUCUUUAUAGAGAGCUAAAGAAACAUGACACUAUUGUUACGACUUUCGAAUUUCCACCGAAAAAAACAAUCGGAAAUAAGGAUGCAAAGUUCGUGGAAGACCGACGUCAAAAGCUGCAGCAAUGGUUACGGCGAGUCGUCGGCCGAGUAGCACAAUGUUCUCCCGCAUUUGCGUGUAGGCCGAGCAGGCAGACGCUCGUGUCUUUGAUGCCUUUCUUUGGUGAUAAUCCUAAUGCUGAGGAAUCGAGAAAAAAUAAUUCCACGAGAAGUACUUUUUCCUCUUCCCCUCAAUAUAUGGGUUUAUAAUCAUGACAAUUUUUAUAGACAAUUUGUACAUAUAUGAGAAAGUAAUUUUAA